UUGGAAAUGACCACUUGGGGCUUCUACAGUAGUUGGACCCUCCUUCUCCUGUUUCUUGCACCCCUUUCCUGCCAUCAGUGCCCGGCUCCCUGUGAAUGUUCUGAACCAGCUCGUACAGUGAAGUGCGUCCAGAAGGAACUGACCUCCAUCCCAGCUGGUAUUCCUGGGUACACCCGCAACCUCUUCAUAACUGGCAACCAGAUUGCUCAUGUUGGUAGCCAGGAUCUCCAAGGACUGCCCAAUCUGGUCACGCUCUCCCUGGCUAACAACAGGAUUAAUGCUGUGGAGUCACAUGCGUUCUCAACUCUCCAGAGCCUGCGCUACUUGGAUUUGAGUUAUAACCACCUAGUCACCAUCCACCCUGAUGCUUUCAGCGCUAGAAACAAUUCAAUCCAGGAGCUGAAUCUCAGUCACUCACUGUACAAUUUCUCUGCCAUUCGCCCUGUGGCAGCUGCCCUUGCCCAAGGUGGUUUCCAGAAUCUCUCCAAGCUGGAACUUACCAGCAAUAAGAUCAUCUACUUGCCACUAGGAAUGUUGUCCAACCUCCCUAAACUUGAGUACUUAGACUUGAGGAACAACUCCUUGAUAGAUAUUAAGAACUCAACCUUUUCUGGCCUUCACCUUAAGUACCUUGAUUUGACCUCGAAUGCCUUCAAAACUUUGAGGAGUGAAGCUUUAUUUGCCCUUGAGAGACAAUCCCACCUUAGCCUCUUUCUGAAAGACAACCCUUUUGUAUGCAAUUGUGACAUUGAGGACCUGGUGAACUGGCUGAACCAAAGCCAACAAGUGGUAGAUGUGGAAAAACUAGCCUGCAUUUUCCCCCAGGAUCUGAAGAACACCUCCUUGGUGGAUCUAGCAGGGACAGAUCUGGAGUGCCACUACAGUCAACAUAGUGAAAAUGUCCUUCAGUCCUCAUAUGCUGCAUUGGGCAUUGUUCUAGGGAUAAUUGGCAUCAUCUUCCUCUUUGUGCUUUACCUGAAUCGUAAGGGCAUCAAGACCUGGAUGAAUGGCAUGAGGAACGCUUGUCAGAACCUGAUGGAGGAGUACCACUAUCAUUAUGAAAUAGAUUCUGAUCGCCGCAUCACACAAAUCUCGGCAGUGGACAUAUGACCUCUUUCUGAUAGUUUUCAGUAUUUUCUUCGCAGUGGCAUCUUUCUUUAAAACGAAGUCUAUAGCUUGGAGAUGUCAUUUCCAUCAAAAACUAAGCUUUAAAGAACAGACCUAUGGAUUAAACUCUGUGUGGAUUCAAGGAACCUCCUUUCCUAGUCUCUAGGAGGUUUGGCUAACUGGGGACAAAAGAUUGCAUUCUUUUAGCGCAAGUCCUUUAAACACAUUGUGAGGGGGUAGGCAAGUCAAAAUCCUGGUGUGUUCUCUUCAAACAUUUAGAUUCCUAGAAGGGUAGGUGUCCUGGAUUCUUCCAGUCAGUCUUAACUAGGAGAGUUUUAUUUUGUUCUGUUCCAACAAGACCAUUGAUCUAUCUUGCUCACUGGGGGAACUAUAACUCCUUAGUUAUGGUGGGGCUUCUAUUUGUCACAUACUCUGCCCUCUAGGCAGACCAAUGGGACAUUAGGUGAAGAAAGUAUAAUAGUACGCAAAUAAUUCUGAUCUUCUUAUAGAAGUGGAAAUAAGGUAGAAUAGCAGUAGAUUAAGAAAAGGCAGAAGUAAUCUUGACUCCUUUGUCUCCCCUUCCUGGGAGAGC